AUGUUUUAUAUUCCUUCUAAUAAAUUAACACUUUCAACAACUAUUUUAAAUCAAAAAAUUUCUACAGUUUUGAUUAAAAUUAAUAAGGAACUUGAAUAUGAAAAUAAUUUAACAUUAGCUUUAGAUGGAUGGUCUAAUUCUUUAGAAAAAUCUAUUUAUGCUUUUGUAGUUAUUACACCUAGUAGAAAACAAUAUAUUUAUGCUUUAAUUGAUGAAUCAAGUCAAUCUCAUACUGAUAAUAAAACAGAAGAAUUCAAUCUUGAUGAUUUGCUUAUAACAGAAAUGAUAGAUUUAAAUUCUUAUAAUAUUAAUAAUAUUGAAAAUACUUUAACUUUAAAUAAUAAUAUUGAACAAGAAUCUGAAUCUAAAAAAAAUUCAGAUAUUGAUUUUGAAUCAAUUUAUAAUGAAGAAUUUUAUUAA